GGAGUGGUUCUUGGAGAUAGAAAUGUGAGGAAGCCUGUGGCCACUCUCAGCAGGACGAAGCCUUCACGCAGGAUCAACCCAACUCCGGUGAGCGAAGAGCGGUCACUGUCCAAGCCCAAGACCUGCUUCACCUCACCCCCAAUCAGCUGUGUCCCCAGUUCCCAACCCUCAGCCCUGGACACUAGCCCGUGGGGCCUUGGCCUUCCCCCGGGGUGCAGAAGUCUGCAGGAGGAGCGGGCGAUGCUCAGGAAGGAGCGCUCUAAGCAGCUGCAACAGUCACCAACCCCCACCUGUCCCAUCCCAGAGCCGGGACCGCCCCUCCCCAGCCGGACUGGGAGCCUCGCAGCUGAGCACGCUGACCCUGCCAGGGUGUCCUCCCGCCAGCGCCUGGAGGUGGUAGCCUUGCUCUACUCCUCCUGCAUUGCUGAAAAUCUGGUACCAAACCUCUUCUUGGAGCUUUUCUUCGUCCUUCAGCUCCUUACUGCCCGGAGGAUGGUGGCUGCCAGGGACAGUGAUCUUGAACCAAGUCAAGAUUCCCUGGAAAGCCCACUGUUCCAGAGCAUCCACGACUGUGUCUUUUUUGCAGUCCAGGUUUUGGAGCAUCAGUUUCAGAUUCUUUCCUACCUGGACAAAGGGACUUUAAAGCUGCUGGCUGAGAAUGAGCGGCUGCUGUGCUUCUCUCCAGCUCUGCAGGGCCGCCUUCGAGCUGCCUACGAGGGCAGCAUUGCCAAGGUCUCUUUGGUGAUGCCACCUCCUGCUCAAGCUGUCUCCUUUCAGCCAGAGACGGACAAUCGUGCCAAUUUCUCCAGUGACCGGGCCUUUCAUACUUUUAAAAAACAGAGGGAUGUGUUCUACGAGGUGCUUCGAGAGUGGGAAGAUCGCCAUGACGAGCCUGGCUGGGACUUUGAGAAGGGAUUGGGCAGCAGGAUCAGAGCCAUGAUGGGUCAGCUCUCUGCAGCCUGCAGCCACAGCCACUUUGUUCGGCUUUUCCAGAAACAACUUCUUCAGAUGUGCCAGAGCCCUGGUGGUGCCGGGGGCCCACUUUUGGGUGAGGCCCCAGAUGUGCUGAACAUGCUGGGAGCUGACAAGCUGGGGCGCCUGCGGCAGCUCCAGGAACGACUUGCAGCCCCUCCAAGCAGCGGGGGGCCCUGCCCACCCCCCACCUUCCCAGGCUGUCAAGGAUUCUUCAGGGAUUUCAUCCUGAGUGCCAGCAGCUUCCAGUUUAAUCAGCAUCUCAUGGACAGCCUGAGCCUGAAGAUCCGGGAGCUCAAUGGUCUCUCGCUGCCUCAGCAUGAGCCUGGGGAUGAGGACGGGGAGUCGGAUGUGGACUGGCAGGGUGAACGGAGGCAGUUUGCUGUGGUGCUUCUUAGCCUGAGACUUCUGGCUAAAUUUCUGGGCUUUGUGGCUUUCCUACCAUACAGGGGGCCUGAACCACCCCUAAGCCGGGAGCUUCAGGACUCCAUUGUGGCGCUAAGGAGGCAGGUUCCUCCUGUCUUGGAUGUGCGUGCACUGCUGCAGCAGGGGCUGCAGGCCCACCGGGCAGUGCUCACAGUACCCUGGCUGGUGGAGUUCCUCUCCUUUGCCGACCACAUCGUCCCCUUGCUGGACUACUACCGGAGCGUCUUCACUGUCCUGCUGAACCUCCACCGGAGCUUGGUCUUGUCACGGAAGGGUGAGGGAGAGAUGUGUCCCCUGAACAAGCUGUUCCUGCUGGCCAUCCUGGGCUGGCUUUUCCAGAUUCCCACAGUCCCUGAGGAUUUCUUCUUUCUGGAAGAGGGUCAGGUGGAGGCCUUUGAGGUAGACACAGCCGCAUCAGAGUGUGGCUUGGAUUGUGUGCCUGUGGUAGACCAGCAGCUGCUCUACACCUGCUGCCCCUACAUUGGAGAGCUCCGGAAACUGCUCGCUUCGUGGGUUUCAGGUAGCAGUGGACGGAGUGGGGGCUUCGUGAGGAAAAUCACCCCCACCACCACCACCAGCCUUGGGGCCCAGCCUCCCCCAAGCGGCCAGGAACUACAGGCCCAGCUCGCCCAGGCCUUUUUCCACAACCAGCCCCCCUCACUGCGCAGGACUGUGGAGUUCGUGGCAGAGAGAAUCGGGUCAAACUGUGUCAAACACAUCAAGGCAACACUGGUGGCAGAUCUGGUACAUCAGGCAGAGUCACUUCUCCAAGAGCAGCGAGUGACACAAGGCCAGGGAGGGCGAGAUCCAGAUCCAGCCCAUCUGUUGGAGAUUCUGUGUUCCCAGCUGUGCCCCCAUGGGGCCCAGGCAUUAACCCAGGGGCGGGAGUUCUGCCUGAGGAAGAGCCCCGGGGCCGUGCGGGCACUGCUUCCGGAGGAGACCCCAGCAGCUGUUCUAAGCAGCGCGGAGAGCAUUGCUGUGGGGCUGGCGUCUGAGAAGGCCUGUGCGUGGCUGUCAGCCAACAUCACAGCACUGAUCAGGAGGGAGGUGAAAGCAGCCAUGAGUCGCAUGCUUCGCGCCCAGGGUCCGGACCCGGCUGCCCGGGGGGAGCGGAGGGGCUGCUCCCGUGCCUGUGAGCACCGCGCUCCCCUCCCCUCCCACCUCAUCUCCGAGAUAAAAGAUGUUCUCUCCCUGGCUGUGGGGCCCCGGGACCCUGAUGAGGGAGUGUCCCCAGAACACCUGGAGCAGCUCCUGGGCCAGGUGCACCAGAUGCUGCAGUGCCGCCAGUUCCUGUGCCCACCUGCUGAGCAGCACCUGGCCAAGUGCUCUGUGGAGUUGGCAUCCCUCCUGGUUGCAGACCAGAUCCCCAUUCUAGGGCCUCCCACAGUACACAGGCUGGAGCGGGGACAGGCACGAAGGCUUCUGCUCACGCUGCUUUCCCUGUGGAAGGAUGACUUUCAGGGGCCGGUUCCACUGCAGCUGCUGCUGAGCCCUAGAAAUGUGGGACUUCUUGCAGACACUCGGCCACGGGAGUGGGAUCUGCUGCUCUUCUUGCUCCGGGAGCUGGUAGAAAAGGGUCUGAUGGACCGGAUGGAGAUUGAGGCUUGCCUGGGAAGCCUUCAUGCAGCCCCGUGGCCAGAGAACUUCUCUGAAGAAUUAGCAUCGCUGUCUCGCCUGUUUCUAGCUGAGCCCCACUUGCCAGAACCUCAGCUAAGAGCUUGUGAGCUGGUGCAGCCAAGCCGGGGAACAGUGCUGGCCCAGAGCUAGUGAUCCUGCCUGCACCUCAGGAGGAAACUUGGGGACCCACUGCUGCUGAGAAGUGGGGUCUGCCCAGCGGGGGCAGGAAAUGUGUGGCACGGGGCUGCCCAGAGGCUGGAGGCUUGCUGCCACACGAUGGAGAAGCUUGAGGUUCCUGAAUGCUGAGUGAAAUGAGCGUGGGCUGGUCAACACAGUACAUGAGCUGAACUUGCUGCGAUCUCAGCAUCUCUAACCUGGGGUCUUGGGAAGUCAUGACAGAGGCAGAUGACUUUUACUUAACUGUGAAGAAAGUUAAAACAUGGAUCUUGGGAGGUGGCAUCAUCUUACCACCAGGAGUUGGACUGCUUUAUAUGUACCACAAAGAACACAGGACCCAUUGGCCAAAACCUGCCAUAAUCUGGACCUUUGCCCUGUGCAGAUGGUAACUCUUCAGAGACUCUCCAUCCGGAGACUGCUGAGUUUUUUUAAAAAAUAAACUUUUAACAAGGGCUUGA